UAUGUGAAGUCAAACACUGUGUGUUUGCAAGAAACAAAUCCAUUAAGGCAUUUUUUAACUUCACGCCAUUGCUUGGCAUUACGAGUCCCUAUUCCAUAAUUUAGCUUUCUCGGGUGAAGAAGUCCUUCUCCAAAUUUUCAUUUUUAGGAGAAUUAUUCCUUUAACAAAACUAAAUGUCUUGGUUUCAUUCAUGUAUUACUUGUGCUGGCUGGUUUGAUGCAUAUAGCUUAAUAUCUAAUGACUGUUUUUUUUGUUGCAUUGUUUUAAUGGAUGAUAUUACAAGAAAAUAAUUAUGUUUUUAUUUUCUUUAUUAACAGCAGAGGUCAAUGGCAGUCAAACAGACAGCCUAUUGGCCGUAUCACUCGCCAAAGCUCUGUGCUACAUUCAUCGAGUCUCAAAGGAUGUGCAAGCUGGACAGGACAUGAAAUCAAGGAUUUUGGUAAUAAAAGCUGCUGAGGAUUCUACAUUACAGUACAUGAACUUCAUGAAUGUGAUCUUUGCAGCACAGAAGAAGAAUAUCCUGAUUGAUGCCUGUGUGUUGGACGCUGACUCGGGACUGCUGCAGCAGGUAUUUAGUUUGAUCACAUUCUAA